AUGGACACACCCCAAAACCCCCGAACGGCAGUUGCUACCAUGGCCAGCGCUCUUGAGCGCCGCAACAACAUCAUCUCGGCCGUCCAAAGCUCAUAUGGUUUCAGCAACGACCGCAUUAGAUCCACAAUCACCAAGAUCAUCAUCCCAGAGACCGUCGGUGUAUGUCGCAAAUGGAUUUUCCAAGUCAAAAGAAGUGGCGAAGGUGGGCUUCUGAAGUCCGGGUUAAACCUCAAUCUUGUCACCGACUUCUCGCAGAUGAUCAAGUGGUGGGUUGAUUACAACCUGUGGGCACAUUUCUUUUGCCAAUACAUUCACCAGCCGCAGUUUGAAGAGCUUGAGAAUCUCGAUCCCGAGUUUUUGGUUUUCCUCGAGUCGGAGGAAAUAGCGAUGCUUGCGACCAAAGCUAUCGACGAAGAGAGGACGACACCGGAGGGCAGCAAACACGAGGAGAGCUCGCAGAGGGACGAGACAAUCCGUCUGACGGGAGAAAGUCAACAGGAUGUCGAUCCUGGCUUGUUGUCACACGGACAUUGCCCA